UGAGUCAUCAAGUGUGUCCUGUUGUAUAUCCAGACUGUUCGGCUAAUCAUAGAUCAGUAACCAGACCAGGACGUUGGCACAGGGAGAAGGAGGAAGAUUUAGGCUGGGUGGGCUUUUUAAAGUGUAUAAUGGACAUCAGAGCUAACGUAGAAGAAGAAGAAGGUUAGAAAAGGAAGAAGCUGGAAAAAGAUUAGGGGGCUGAAACUGAGUGGUUUGGAUCCAGUUUCUGGGUGGUUACGCUACACUCAGCAUAGAAGUAGACACUCAGGUAAGAAGUGAAUAAGAUAUCUUGGUCCCUCCGCCUCCCACGGCAUGAAUGAUUAAGCACCUGGUGCACUGUGGCCUAAUUGUGGGUCAGGAUUGGGCGGAUGCGUGCAUCGGCCUCCAAGCGGCAACACCUACGCAGCUUUUGCAUAGGGCAGAUUCAGAGGCACGUCGACUUCGCUAACUGUUUCACCGGGUGACCCAAUGCAAGCAGACACAGGAGGACGGGCGAUUUUGUCGAAAGGAAGUGUUUGCAAGUUUGGAUCCUGAUUGAUGACGGCAAAACAUACAACUUCGGACAUGCAGGUGGAGAUGGACAUGGAGGGCGCUCUGAAUGCGAGGGACCAGGUCGGUAUUCAAGACUUUGUUCUCCUGGAUGAGACCUCGGAAGCAGCCUUCCUCAACAACCUCAAGAAACGUUUCAGCAAGGAUCUCAUUUAUACCUACAUUGGCACUCUGCUGGUCUCCGUAAACCCCUUCAAAGAGUUAGACAUCUACAAUAAGAAACAGAUGGAUUUGUACAUGGGGGUCAACUUUUUUGAGCUUCCACCUCACAUCUAUGCUCUGGCCGACAACGCCUACCACACCAUGCUGUCUGAGUUCAACAAUCACUUCAUCCUCAUCUCGGGAGAAAGCGGAGCAGGGAAGACGGAAGCCUCUAAAAAGAUUCUCCAGUAUUACGCAGUCAGCUGUCCAAGCACCGCUCUGCUCAACACUGUCAGGGACAAGAUGCUCAUGUCCAACCCCGUCCUUGAGGCUUUUGGGAAUGCCAAAACACUGAAAAAUGACAACUCGAGUCGGUUCGGAAAGUAUAUGGACAUUCAGUUUGAUAGUGAGGGGGAUGCUGUCGGCGGCCACAUUCUGAACUACCUGCUCGAAAAGUCAAGGGUGGUACAUCAGAACCACGGGGAGAGAAACUUUCACAUUUUCUACCAGCUCCUGGAGGGAGGAGAAGAGGACCUGCUGCACCAGCUGGGCCUUGAGAGAGACUGCCAGCAUUACAGCUACCUAACACAAGGAGAGUGCCCCGUUGUGCCUUCUAUCAAUGACAAAAAUGACUGGAAGACAGUCAAAAAUGCACUUCAAGUUAUUGACAUCGAUGCAAUCAACACGAACCACUUGUUUGGGAUUGUUGCGAGUGUUCUUCACCUGGGCAACGUUAAGUUUGAGCCUGACGGUAAAGGUCAUGCUACUCUCAACAACAAAAAUGCAGAGUUGCGCUGGGUGUCAAAUCUCCUUGGAAUUGAUGCUCACAGUCUACAAGAAGGACUAACAUACAGGAAGAUUGAAGCCAAAACGGACCAGGUGCUCAGUCCGUUUACUGUGGAUCACGCCGUCUUUGUGCGCGAUGCCCUGGCCAAGGCCAUAUAUGGACAUACCUUUACCUGGCUGGUAAACAGGAUAAAUGAGUCCAUGGAGAACACUGAUCCUUUGAGAAAAACUGUCAUUGGACUUUUGGACAUCUACGGUUUUGAGGUUUUUAAUAUUAACAGUUUUGAGCAGUUCUGCAUAAACUACUGCAAUGAGAAGCUGCAACAACUUUUCAUCCAGCUCACGCUCAAGGCGGAGCAGGAGGAAUACCAAGCGGAAGAUAUUGAGUGGGAGCCGGUGCAGUUCUUCAACAACAAGAUCAUCUGCGACCUCGUGGAGGAGAGACACAGGGGAAUUAUAUCAGUCCUGGAUGAGGAGUGUCUGAGGCCAGGAGAGGCUACAGAUCUCACUUUCCUGGAGAGACUGGAGGAAAAAAUGGGAAAUCACCCCCACUUUGUCUCACACAAGCUGGCAGACAAAAAGACACGUAGGACGCUGGAGAGAGGAGAUUUUCGUCUCUUGCAUUAUGCCGGAGAGGUCACCUAUUGUGUUGUGGGUUUUCUGGAUAAAAAUAAUGACCUCUUAUAUCAAAAUAUUAAAGAUCUGAUAUGGCAAUCAAAAAACAGUAUCGUUAGGCAAUGCUUCACUUCCACGGACACAGACAGCAAGCGAAGACCAGAAACUGUGGCCACCCAGUUUAAGAGCAGCCUGCUGAAGCUGACAGAGAUCCUCGUGGCCAAAGACGCCUGGUAUAUACGUUGCCUGAAAUCCAAUGAGUCCAGGAAGUCAGGACAGUUUGAUGAAGCUCUCAUCAGACAUCAGAUCAAAUAUUUGGGCCUGAUGCAGCACCUGAGAGUCAGACGUGCUGGUUUCGCUUACAGGCGGAAGUAUGACGUCUUUUUACAGCGAUAUAAAGCUUUGUGCCCAGCCACUUGGCCACAUUGGAGAGGAGAACCUGCUGAUGGCGUGUUGGUGCUGGUUCAACAUCUGGGCUAUUUUCCAAAUGAGUACAAAAUGGGAAGAACCAAAAUAUUCAUCCGCCAUCCAAGAACCCUGUAUGCCACAGAGGAUGCUUUUGAAAAAUGCAAACAUCAAUUGGCAACCAGACUCCAAGCCAAAUACAAAGGCUACAGGGCAAAGGGCGAGUUCCGAAAACAGAAGGAGGCUGCAACGAAGAUUGAGACGUGCUGGAGAGGAGUGCAGGCAAGGAAGGAGAGAGACAAGAGAGCGUGGGCUGUGAAAGUCAUUAAACAAUUUAUCAAAGGUUAUAUGACCAGAGGGCAAGCAAAAGUCACAGAUAACUCUGAGUAUUUGGCCUUUGUGAGGCAGAAUUACCUGAACAGGCUCAAAGAAAACUUGCCAAAGACGGUUUUGGAUAAAACCACGUGGCUCUCUCCGCCACAAGUGCUAGUCGAGACGUCAGAAAUACUUCGUAAACUGCACUACCGCCUCAUGGUGAGAAAAUACGUAAGAGGGAUCACACCCCAGAGAAAAACACAGCUUCAAAUGAAGUUCAUUGCCAGCUCCAUGUUCAAGGGGAAAAAGGAAAGUUACCCGCAAAGUGUUGCUCAAUCUUUUGCGGAAACCAGAAUCAGUGAGCGAGACAUCAAUGCGAGGGUCCUUCAAAUGAUUCGCAAUGAGCACAUCAAGUACAGCGUCCCGAUGAUUAAAUACGACAGGAACGGUUUCAAAACGAGGCCGCGACAGCUCAUCUUCACCCAGGCGGCGGCCUACAUGGUGGAGGACACAAGGAUCAAACAGAGGAUUUUGUACACCGCUCUCAAAGGGAUUUCUGUCAGUAAUUUGACAGACAGUAUCAUUGUGUUACACGUAGCGUGUGAGGAUCCCAAAGAAAAGGGAGAUCUUGUCAUGCAGUGCAACCACUUGUUUGAGCUGGUGACCAAACUCAGCAUCAUUGCUAACAAACAGAACGUGGUCAGGGUGGCUCAGGGCAGCAUCAAGAUGGAAAUUCAGGCCGGAAGAGAGAGCGUAAUAGAAUUCAGCACCGGCCCGGAGCCGAACGUGUACAAGGCCAAGAACGGACACCUCAUGGUGGUUGCCACUCGGGCCAGGCCGAGGUAACAUGAGGGGCAGACGAGACACACAAGAGGCCCCUGCAUAUUUCAUCAGAAACCCCAAAAGCUGGAUCAACAUGGCCACAGGAGACACGUCUGACCUCAGAGUUUUAUGCACUUUAGGAUGGGCCUAUUUGAUGAAAUAUCACCUCUCACUGCUUCAUUUUACAUUCGUACAUCAGACACUUUAAUGAUCUAUUACCCUCUUUUUUUUAACCCAUUCACGUGCAUAAGCUAUGUAUGCAAUCUAUUACUACAUGAGGUAUUAACAUAACUGUUUAUGGUUGUAGUUGCAUUGCAGAAGUGUCUCGAAUAUUUUGCCAUGUCGCUAAAUAAAGUCAGAAAGAGUGUAAUGUAGCGCCACUACAAUCACGAACAUAUUGCACAAAUUAAAAACUCAGCGUUCUUUGUCAAGGCAGAAUUUUAAGCUUUCGCAUAGACCUCAUGACAUUGUGCUUGUGUCUCUUAUUGUGUACAUUAGAAGCUUUGUAUAUUUCCGAGCAAUUAGAGAAUGCAAAAUAAAAAUGGAUGCAAUUA